AUGCCUUCGUUAGCCGAAUUGACCAAGUCGUUAAGCAUAGCCUUCGAACAGGGCGAUUAUGCCGCAUGUGAGAAACUGUUGCCCCCGAUUAAGAUCGAGCUUAUCAAGAAUAACCUUUUAAUACCAGACUUGUCCAUUCAGAAUGAUAUCUACUUGAAUGAUUUGACUAUCACUAAAAGGAUUCUCGAAGUGGGUGCCCUUGCCAGCAUCCAGACAUUUGAUUUUGACGGAUUUGAGAAUUAUUUUAACCAAUUGAAACCUUACUACUUCAGCAGCAGCCAUACAUUAUCCGAAUCUGACAAGAAGUCAAAGCUGAUAAGCCUGUAUUUGUUGAAUUUAUUGUCUCGGAAUAACACAACCAAGUUUCACUCAGAAUUGCAGUUUCUAGAUAAACAUAUCAAAAACUUGGAAGACGAUUCGCUUUUGUCUUAUCCGAUCAAGCUGGACAGAUGGCUUAUGGAAGGCUCGUACCAAAAGGCGUGGGAUCUUUUGCAAUCUGGCUCUCAAAAUAUUGCAGAAUUCGACUCUUUUACCGAUAUUCUGAAAUCGGCUAUAAGAGACGAAAUUGCGAAGAAUACCGAACUGUCCUAUGAUUUCCUCCCUCUGUCUAACAUAAAAGCACUUCUCUUCUUCAACAACGAAAAAGAAACCGAAAAAUUUGCGUUAGAAAGGAACUGGGCCAUUGCUAACUCGAAAGUUUACUUCAAUAAUCAAUCAAAGGAGACAGCCGAUUACGAAGACGAAACGAUGCAUGAAGAAGACCCAAAAACAAACAUUAUCGAAAAAGCAAUGGAUUAUGCUAUAAGUAUCGAAAACAUCGUGUAA